CCUUGUUCACACUCCACAGUCCACAAGAGAUCAAAAGGGGAGCUUCAUCAGGGGCUCUGCCCUCGCCCUGCAGCUGCAAGGAGAUAGAGGAGGAAAAGAAUGGCGGUCUCUCCUCCCCCUCCGUAGCUGCCACCUGCAGUGUUGCUUGUGUCUUCACGGCACAGCGGCACACUACCUCUGGAGCUGCUUACCUAUUCUAUCCUAGGCUGUGGCUUGUGCCAAACAGGUGCCAUCGGGGGUGGAAGCGACGCCGCCGCUGCUGGCUCCUGCUGCAGACUGAGCACGAGAGCCGCUGGCCGGUGGCUUCACUCUCUCCGUCGGAUCGAAGAAAAGUAAAGGAAUCGAAUCCCGUCAGGAGGCGCGGCGCGGCGCAGAGGUAGGCUUCCCAAUGGCUACGGUGGAGCAGCCGCCUGUGAGCGUGAGCUGCUGCCCGCCCACGUGCCCGCCUUGGCUGCAAGCGGCCAUCGCAGACAUCGAGCGGCGGGUGCGCGCGCUAGCCGUGGACGAGGCCGCCACCGAGCACUCCUUCGCCGAGCGCGCCGAGAACUACUACCAGAAGCGGCCGCAGCUGCUGGCGCUCCUCACCGACCUCCACCACCGCUACCUCUGCCUCGCCGACCGUUACGCCCAGUCCCUCCACGCCAAGCAGCUUAUCCAGCCUCACCACGCCGCCAUCUCCGACUGCUGCUCCUCCGACGUCGACGACCGCUGCUCCGACGCCGACAGCUCGCUCUCCUUCCAGCACCCGCCCAUCACUGCUCUCACCGAUGUUGACAGCGCCGAGCUGACCCUGGCGGAGCUGGUGCUGGCGUGGGUGGACCGGGACAUCCUGGCGGACGAGGCCGAGCGCCGGCGCGCGGAGGCGGCGCGGAAGAUCGAGCUGCAGGGGAGCCUGGUGGAGGUGCUGGAGUCGGAGCGCCUGGUGCUGCUGGGCGAGAACGCGCGCCUGGGGUUCCGCGCGUCGGCGGCCGAGGAGGAGGCCGCGGCCGCGGCAGCCGAGCUGGGCUACACGCGCCGGCGUGCCGCGGAGAUGGCGCGGCUGGUGGUGAAGCUGCGGGAGGACCACCGCGUGUGCAUGCUGGGCCGGAAGAUCGAGGCGCUGCAGGCGCAGGUGUACGGGCUGGAGGUCCGCAACCGGGAGUGCUACGAGGCCAUGGCCAAGUGGGAGGCCGAGCGCAAGGCGUGCGCCGCCGAGAUCCAGAGGCUGCGCGCCGAGAACCGGCGCCUGGCCGAGGAGGCCGCGGCGACGGCCCGGCGGAAGGGGAAAGGCGGCGGGUGGUGGUGGUCGAGGGUGCGGAUGGCGGCGGAGUGGACGCCGUGCGCCCCGGCGGUGAGGAAGGUCGGGCAGCAGAUGAAGGGGAAGGACGGCGGCGGGUGCUUCUGCAUCUAGAGGGAAGCGGGCGGGGCGGGCUCUUUCUUUUUUGGCCCUUGGGUUUCGUAUUAUUAUCCAGUCCAUGGAGAUGGAGGACCUAACCGUGUGAUGAUUGCGGAUUGUUAAGCGGGUAAGUACAUAAUGGCGUGUUAGUAGUAAUCAAUCUAUCCAUCAUCCUUGAUCUCUGGUGUACCGUACCGAGAAAGAAAAUGGACAUAUGCUCCGUUGAAAUGGGAAAUCGCAGGCCAAGUGGAAAGCAAGCAUUUCAGAUAAAAAUUCAGUAAUGAUCACAGCUAAGGUGUGAAAAACCUCUUGAUCUCCGUCAUCUCGCCGGACAGGGAUAGGGUCUUCCUGGCCCUGGCGCUGGUAUGCCGAGGACGGAGGAGUGAUCUGGGAUGCCAUCCGCGUGCGCCCCGGCAGCCGCGACCUCAUCGACUUCCAGUCCGUCCGUGGCCACCGCAACCGAGG